AUGAAGAAGGCAGCUGCAAAGAAAGCUGAGAUCUCCAAAGGAAAAGAACACUCAAAACCGACACUUCCGACAAAACAGACCGAUCCACCAAACUGGUCAAAGCCGAGACCCAGCAACUCCUUCACCAGGUCAGCGUGGUUGUUCAUUUACUACAUCGUUAACUCAGACUCAUCUGUAUCCUCCAGUAUGAAGAAGCAGGUUGAGGAUCUCGUCGGUCAGAUGUUUGCUGAGUUCACUGCAACAGAAUACGAGGAGAACGAAGAUGGAGACAAAUACAUCUACGUCCGAGCGGGUGGAGAGGUUCUGCGUAUCGUCGUCUCCAGAGACGGAAGCGUCCAGUUCUUUGGGGACGAGUGA